AGGUGAGAGUACCACGCAGUGAAGGCCGAGGUCAAGGUCACGUGCAGGCAUCCGGACGCCGAUCAGCUGACGACCAAAACAAACAUGGACGCCCUCAGGUCCGCCCUCCUUUUUGGCGUCAGGGCGAAGGGAGGACGCCUAGGAUGCAGUGGAGUCCAAGGAGUGGCGGGUAAUGCAUGGCAGCGGCGGCUGUGUCACUCCGCCGGGCACCACCGCCGCCCCGACCGCCCCCUCCGCCGGCCUGAGGAGGAGGAGGAGGGGGAGGGGGUGAAGGACGCGCGGGAGGGGAUCCUUGCCGGCCAGCCCCUCCCACACACACACCCACACCUCCUGCAGUAUGGUGAGGUCACAUUCGGCAUCACGAGAGAGGAAUACAGCGAACGUCGGCACCGUCUGAUGGAGCGCCUGGGGGAGGGGGAGGGGCGGCACCAUGUUGUUCUGCUCCCCGGCACUCCUAAACGCUACAUGGUGGACAAGAUUCCCUACCUCUAUAGACAGGACACGGACAUGCUGUACCUGAGUGGGUGCCUGGAGCCUGGGUGCCUGCUGCUGCUGCACACCCUGCCCGGCCGCCCCGCACCCCACCACCGCUCCGUCAUGUUCACGCCCCGCCACGAGCCGCCACAGGAGCUCUGGGAUGGCCCACGCACCCGGCCCUGCCACUCCCCGGGGGUGUGGGGCGUGGACGCGGGGCUGCCCCUGGAGGAGCUGACCCGGUACCUGGACAAGCUGGAGCGUGACCUCGGCUCCCCGGCGCUGUGGUACCACCCCGAGACGGCCCCCAGCCCCGGCCUGCACCGCCAGCUCCAGGCCUGGCUGGCGGCGGGCGGCAGGCUGGGCGCCACGGAGAGCCCCCGGCCUCACAUCCACUCCCUGCGGGUGGUCAAGUCCCCGGCGGAGCAGCAGCUGAUGCGCCAGGCCUGCAGGAUAUCCGGGGAGGCCAUCGCUGCCACCAUGAGGGCCACGCGCGCCCCAGCGGCCGAACACCAGCUGUUUGCCACGGUGGACUACCAGGCCAGGAUGCGUGGCGCGGACCACCUGGCCUACCCCCCCGUGGUGGCCGGCGGGCCGCGCGCCAACACCAUCCACUACACUUCCAACAACGCCCUCGUGCAGCCCGGCCAGAUGGUGCUCAUGGACGCUGGUGCUGAGUUCCGUGGGUACAGCGGUGACGUCACAAGGACCUGGCCUGUGAGUGGCGAGUUUAGCCCAGCCCAGCGUGACCUGUACGAGGCGACGCUGGAGGUCCAGGAGGAGGUGGUGCGGGCGUGUGCCUCCCAGCGCCCCACCCUGGACCAGCUCUUCUCCCUCAUGUGUUCAGCGCUGGGCCGGGUGCUGCAGGAGCUGUGUAUCCUGCCGCUGAGCUACUCUGGCAUGCAGCUAUCCAGGGCAGCGUACAUGUUCUGCCCGCACCACGUGAGUCACUACCUCGGGAUGGACGUUCAUGACACAGCGCUGGUGCCUCGCUCGCGGCCCCUCACGCCCGGCACCGUCAUCACCGUGGAGCCAGGCAUCUACGUUCGAGGGGACAAUGCAGCCGUCCCCUCUCGGUACCUGGGCCUUGGGGUGCGGCUGGAGGAUGACGUGCUGGUGACGGAGGACGGUGUGGAGGUGCUGACCGCAGCGUGUCCGAAGCAUCCCGACGAGGUGGAGGCGACGGUGGGGGCCGAUUAUAAGUGA